AUGUCUAUCCGCCAGUGGAAAGCUGCCGUGUGCCAGAGCGAGCCUUGCUGGUUCGACAAGGUGGCAGCCAUCGAAAAGUCGAUCCGCCUCAUUCGUGAAGCCAAGCAGAAUGGCGCCUCCCUUAUCGCAUUCUCCGAGGUCUGGGUCCCAGGCUAUCCCAACUUUCUCUGGUCUGGCAACUAUGCGGAAAACCUCCCCCUAGUCCAGAAAUACAUGGCCAACAGCAUCUCGGCAUACGGCGAUGAGAUGCUCCAGAUCCGGCAGGCUGCAGCCGAGAAUAAGAUUUACGUCUCGUUUGGCUUUAGUGAGCGUGCUGGCCACAGUUUGUAUCUCGCCCAGAUGUUCAUUGGCCCAGACGGAAACGUUCUUCUCCAUCGACGUAAAACCAAGCCCACCCACGUUGAGCGGACAAUCUUUGGCGACUCGACUGGCGAUUCUCUCAAGACGGUGGUGGAAACGCCCCUGGGAAGGAUCGGCAUGCUAAACUGCUGGGAGCAUCUUCAGCCCUUACUGAAGUAUCACACCUACGCGCAGGGCGAGCAAGUCCAUAUCGCCGCCUGGCCAUCCAGCGGAGAGUAUCCUGGCAACCAUGCCCCUGAACCCUAUUCGGUCUUUUCCGAGGCCAACGAGGUCACUGCCAGCCGCUUGUACGCUAUAGAGGGUGCCGUAUAUGUCCUCUGCACCAACCAGCCCCUCUCCGCCGAGGGUGCCCGCCUCAACAGUGAAGGCCAAGCCGGCGCCAAGAAGGACAGCUUUUUGCUCAGCAGCGGUUGCGGCGCCGCUGCGGUCUUCGGGCCAGAUGGCAGACAGCUUACAGAACCUACUGAUCCAACGUACGAUGGCCUCAUCUACUGCGACAUUGACCUUGAUAAGAUCGAUGUUGCCAAGAACUUGACCGACUGUGUUGGUCACUACUCGCGACCCGACCUGCUACGCCUCGUCGUCGAUGACCAGCCGAAGAAUUACGUUACUCGCGUUUCAGACGGCUCUCACACCACCCCUUACCACACGCCUAUCGGCAGCACACACCUUAUCGAUACACACAAAACUCUUGAGGAGCUUCUAGCUAAACAGCCAGAGGAGGUCAUUCUUGUUGGGAACAAGGCAUGUGAUAAGGAGAGAGCUCUUAAUGGGGUGGCCGUUAAUUAA